AGGGAAUGCUGAGACCGAGCGAAACAGUGUUGUUAGAACAAAGCAGUCGCAGUCUCAUUCUUUUCUUGUGUGUGCAUGUGAUAAAUGGUUUCUCCCAUCACCUGAGCCAAGAAUGGUUCAGCCCACUAUUCAGCCAGCCUACCCUGAAUGAGUCAUCCCGCCCGCCUCUGAUUGGCCGGCCUCUCUCCAUCCCAAGGGAUCGCCUUGCAGAAAGAAGCAGAGGCCCGACUCCAUUCACAGAAACGAGCCCGCACUCGUUUGCUGCCUCAUUCACAGCCAAGGCGCCGUUCGCCAUCUCCUCCUCACUCUAGCAUCCUAUCCUCAGCAUCCUUUCUUUCUUUCUUUCUUUUUUUCUUUCUUUCUCUCAUCUCUCUCAUCAUCAUCCUCGCAUCGUUUUUUUUCCCUUUUUUGUGUGUGGUCUCUAGAGAACAGAAACGUGUUCUCCCCCCCCUCUCCCUUGCUCUUUCCCUCUCUCUAUCUCUAUCUGUUUUUCUUUUUUUUUUUUUUUUUAAUUCGUAGGCAGGCAGGAAGGCAAGACGUUGGGAGGGACCGCAGUGCGAAUGCUGCAGCAGCGAACGCAGAAGAGGAAGCUUAUGAAUGACUGACGCUCUCCCGAUGCACACUUCCUGUGGACGGUUUUUUUACAUGAAUGGCGCUUUUUUUUCCCACCCUGGAUUAACGCAGCGGGCUUCUCUCUGCCAGCUGGCUCUCAAUGAAGCAGAGAAAGAUCGGAUCUUUUGAUUUAUCGCGCCGUUCAUUCAGAAACUGGACUCUGAUCACUUCUCACUUUGUUCCUUUUUUGAUAUGACAAUCAAUUAUUCAGCGAGACAAAAAAAUGCUGAGCUUGUCUUAGAGGAAUUUAUGAUCGAAUGUGAUCGCUACCUGAGGGAAUUCGAGAUUAGCAAGAGCUGACAUUUCUGUGAUGUAUUUGAAUAUGUAGGGGGAAAAAACAUGGAGACGAACUGUUGAACAAAGAGGGGGAAAAAAAAACGUCUUUGGCUUUAUGCUGUGAUUUUAGAGAAUUUGGUAACCAUGGAGAAUGCAGUGAUAUAGGCGCUGUUUAGAAUGAUGCACAUCAACAAAGCAGAGGCUCAGAUGCAGAUAAAAAUUUCAUUUUAGAUUAGAAAUUAUAUAUAUUUGUAUACAUAUAUAUAUAUGUGUGUGUGUGUGUGUGUGUGUAUGUAUAUAUAUAUACGUAUAUAUAUAAAUACAUAUAGCUCGGUCCACAUUUUCUUCCAGAACUGGAAACAAAGUGAUUAUAUUUUUUUUUCCUCAAUGAUAAAUUGAGGUUUGCCCUUAAUGCUUAACGUGAGGACGGUGUUUACGGCACAGAAUCACUGAGCUUUGCCUUUCUGUCAGGUGUCUGGAAAAUUAGUCGUCAUCAUGGAGAGCGGCUCAACUUUGCUUCUACGUCGUGGACGUAGAAAUGGACAUCUGACCGCUAGCUCUAUCACAACACCGUUCGUUGUCGUUUGAAAGACGGCGUUUUUCUUUCUUUCUUUCCUGUCAUGAUAUUCAUUUAGGUUGCUUUCCAUUUAUUUAUUUCAUUUGUGUUUUUCCUUCACUUGCUGUUUUAUUUGAUUUUUUUCAGGAGUUCUCACUUGUUGUUUCUCUUGUUGUCGUCGCUGUUAAUGACAUUUAUGUUGAAUUAAGGAGAUCGAGAUCCGACCUGCAAGGACACGUUACCUGUUGUUCGUUAUUUGGUAUUAUUCUUUGCUAACAAUUUUUAUACAAUAUCUUUUUUUUUUUAGUCUGAAUGAAAGAAAGGCAUUUUGGUGGACAGUGACAAAAUAUCGUCAUGAGGAAAUUUCAGAAUUGAUCUGUUCUGAUGUGCUGCAAGUGGGAGGUUUUUUUCUGCAACAGGAAGUGAUCUGUGGCGUUGAGUGAGUCUUUUGUUGAGAAGGGCUCUCUCUCUCUCUCUCUCUCUCUCUCUCUCUCUCUCUCUCUCUCUCUCUCUCUCUCUGCGAGUGAGUCAUGCGUGUGCACAGAUCUGCCAGGCUGCAGAGCGAGAGAGAGACAUCUCCUUCAUAAAGCUCUUUUCUCCUCUAUUGCUUGAACGCCAUUGCUGAAGAGGAGCAUCAACUUACUUCCCCCUAUUUGUUCUUUCGUUUUUUUUUUAACCUCCCAUGGAUUGUUUGAGUUGUGGUGUGUUUCUGGUUGUUGAGGUGGCCUAGUGCGUUGAGGGGGUUUGUAGCUUUUGGUUGAGCAGAUACCAUAGUGAGUCGUCGCCGCCACCACCACCUGCACCACCACAGGUACCAUCACUACAGCUCAGCACCGACAGGACAGAUACAGGCUUACUUGUACUUUUCUAUCCGUGAGACUUUUUCGGCUCAGACAUGCCAGAGGAGCGGUCAGCGAGCACGGCAUUGCUUGUGCCCGUGCGCGUAUAGGCACACGGAGCCGGGGGCAUGCUGCAGCGCGCCAAGUACAAUCGCUUCCGCAAUGAGUCGGUGACAUCUGUCGAUGAGCUGCUGUUGCACGGCCUUCCGAUGAAUGCCAAGGUGCCUGCUGGCGCCCCGGCGCCUGCUCCGGAGCCGCCGUAUGCGCCUGCUGCCGAGGCCCUGCCCCAUGAAACAGCGGAGGACUCGGGCACCGCCCUGUGCACACUUAUCAACAAGGUGUCCAGUCUUAAAUUUACCAACUCCUCCGGCCUGCUGGGCAUCAAAGGCCUGCCAUCAGCUGUCAAGGACCUAGCUGUGUCCAAACUUCAGGGAGGAGGAGGAGUAGGAGGGGGAGGGGGAGCAGGAGGAGGGUCCUCGAGUAGCCCAGCAUCUUCCUCCAGCCUCUUGGUGGCCACUGGGGGCAUCUCGUGCGCUUCUGCCACCUCUGGCCACCACGAGCCAGGCUCCAUGAGCACAGGGAAGAAGGGAAGGAUGGAGGAGGCACAGACCGGUGGAGAGGACUGGCACGCAGGUGGUGUGGGUGGCACUGGAGGAGAAUGCGCAGGCCUGGUGAAUAAACCCUCAAGAGGAUGGCUACACUCCAGCGAUAAGAUCGCCGGACCUGGAGUGACGUACGUCGUAAAGUACCUGGGAUGCAUUGAAGUGCUUCGGUCCAUGAGAUCCCUCGACUUCGCCACAAGAUCCCAAAUAACAAGGGAGGCCAUCAGUUUGGUGUGUGAGGCAGUACCUGGCACCAAAGGAGCACUGCGCAAAAAAAAGCCCCCCUCCAAAGCGCUUUCUAGUAUUUUGGGGAAAAGUAACCUGCAGUUUGCUGGCAUGAGCAUCAACCUGAACAUCUCCAUCAGCAGCUUAAAUCUAAUGACCCCCGACUCCAAACAGAUAAUAGCCAAUCACCAUAUGCAGUCGAUAUCCUUUGCUUCUGGUGGAGAUCCGGACACCACUGAUUUUGUUGCUUACGUAGCAAAAGAUCCAGUUAACCGCAGAGCCUGUCAUAUCCUGGAAUGUUCCGAUGGUCUGGCCCAGGAUGUGAUCAGUACGAUAGGUCAGGCGUUCGACCUGCGCUUCCAGCAGUACCUUCAGUGUCCCUCCAGCAAGCUGUCAGCUAUACACGAUAGGGUACUGAGCGUAGAGGAGCCUUCAUGGACUGAGGAAGGAGAGGAGCCUCCUGAUCACUCGUAUUAUAACAACAUCCCUGGCAAGAUGCCCCCUCCUGGUGGCUUCAUCGAUGCACGGUUAACCAAUCAGACAGCAGAGAGCAACCAGGGGGCUGGCGUAGACCAGAUUUACUAUCAAGGCAGGCCUAUACUCGUCCAACAAGGAUCUUGUGACAUAUACAGUUUGCCUGAGGUCAAAGGUCAGAGCCCUAAGCUGGGCGAAGUUCCUACAUACGUGAACACGCAGCACAUUGAUCCACAGGUACUGGCGGCACUGCACGGGGACUCAGAGGCAGCAUGUGAACCAUGUGGGGGCGCCACAGCCAAAGACAGUCCAAGGAAAGAUCUAUUCGACAUGAAGCCAUUUGAGGAGGCGAUCGUGACUCAGUCUCCAUCAACGUCAGUGUCUGCGUUGAAUAAGGCCUCGUCAGUGGAUAACUGCAGUCCGGUGCUGACGCGCUCUGCCCUGCGCUCCCUCCCCGAGCUCGAGCAGCAGAGCUGGUACCACGGAGAGAUGAGCCGACACAAUGCAGAGAAACUCCUGCGCAAUGAUGGAGACUUCCUGGUGCGCAAAAGCACUACCAACCCCGGCUCAUAUGUGCUGACGGGCAUGCACAACGGCCUCGCCAAACACCUGCUGCUCGUCGACCCCGAAGGCACGGUACGAACGAAAGAUCACAUAUUCGAAAGCAUCAGCCACUUGAUCGGCCACCAUCGCGACAACAACCUGCCGAUCGUCUCGGCGGGGAGCGAACUGUGCUUGAAGCAGCCCGUGGAAAGAAAACAGUGACGACGUCCAUCUGUAAAAGUAAAUAAAUAAACAGUCUGCACAGGGGGGAACGAGGUCGACCCUGAAACCUGAUACUUGAAGAAUACGAAUAAGGAGCGCGUGUAGAUGACGGUGGAUCUCGUCAGAGUCACGGCGACGUCGUUCGGACCAUGUGAAGGCGAUCCGAGCGCACGCACACGACGCCUGAUUUAUAGAACUGUUUUAAUUAUUUUGUUGUGAUGACUGAAAUUCUAUAUUUUUUGAGAAGACAUGGGCGCAUUUGGGCUUAGCGGUGUUUUAAACUCAAAACGCUAAAUAUUUGGACGAACUCUUCGGAAGAUAAGAUUUAAAAAAAAAAAAAGUAUUUUAGAAUAACCUAAAAAAAAGUUUUAGUUUUAUCUAUCAAGCACAAC